AUGCAAAUUGCUGGAAUGGUAGACUGGGAGUUCACAUAUGCUGCACCAGUUGAGUUCUCUUAUGCGCCGCCUUGGUGGCUGCUUAUCGAAAACCCCAAGCUCUGGCCAAAUGGCAUAGAUGACUGGGAGAAAAUCGUGUAUGCAGCGUUGAAUGGCCUUGCAUUUGACGCAAUCUACUGGGAGAAAAUCGAUCCGUUUUUCUUCGAGGCUGCUCAAAGGCCCGAGACAGCUUGGAAGGAGAGGCUCAGCCUACUAGGUGAAAAGGACAUAGAGGAGAUGGAGAAACUGGUUGUUCGGAAGCUGGAAGAGAUGAAAACCAGGAUUCUGAAGUGGGACCCGGAUGAGUAUACUGUUGAAGCAAUAGCGAAAGCGGCUGAAGUGGAUGGCGCCCAAUAG